UUAUUUAAAACGCAUAUUAAACGUUUUAUGUUCUCAGUUAACAUUUGUGCGAUUCAUUUCUCAAAUGGUUAAUUGAAAACAAGAAGAAACAGAAAUUUGGGCUUUUCAUCACAGUAAAACAUCCGAUGUGAUCAAUGUGAAGGAGACAGUGGAUAAUGUGGUAUUAUCAUUGUGUUGCAGAGCUGUGAUCCGACCCUCCUGGAUCCCUGUGGAGACUCGGAGCUGCUGGACUGUGCUGAAGCAGCCAGCAUGGUUCAGUACCUCAUGGACAGUCGUCGUGUCCAGAAGGUUUUGUGGCGUCAGCUGUUUGUUCUGGACUCCAUGAUGUCUCUACUGGAGGGUCUGGAGUCUGCCCAGCAACUGAUGGCACAGCCCUGCACACCUCAACCUGGUACACAGAAGGGUGGGGCUCGCAGCAGGUGGAAGGCUCUGAAGGUGGAGUGCAGGCAACAGGAUGAGGAGACAGAGAGGCUGCUCCAAACUCUGCAGGAGGAAGUCCAACAGAUCCAUGUCAGACGAAACAAACUCACACAGCUGGUCCAACAGCUGCACCACAAGAAGCAGCAGAAUGAACACCUGGAUGAGCAUCUGCAGAAAGCCCAGAAUGCAUUGCGCUUAUAUAAUCGUCAGCUGAUCCAGCUGAGGUUGGAGUUAGAGGGGGUGCACAGUCAGCUGAUUAGCUGGCAGCAACUCAGAGACGAGCUGCAGAUGAGCAUCUCUGCCCUACAGGACGUCAUGCAGCUCAAGCUACUGUCCUUCACCCCGUCAGAGCUGUGUGUGGAGCUCAGGCCACGAUCCUUCUCUGACGUUUUGUCCAAUGAGUUGGAGCCGCUAGAGCUGUUAGUCACCUGGAGUCACAACAGCCACUUCAGACUGCAGGUGAAAGAGGGGCCAGCUGGUUUGGUCGAGGACUGCCUGUCGGGCAGAUGGUCAGAGCUGAGUGCCGCUCUGCUGGAGGUGAUGCAGCGUUAUGUGGGCCAGGCUGAGCUGCUGUCUGAGAUCCAGACCCUGAGAUCUAGCUUUGCCGUUGACUGGCGUCCUGCUCAGCGUCUGCUGGUCUACCUGAAGUCUGCGUCGCUGGUGUGUCACCUGGAGGUAGAGGAGGGAUACCCGAGCAGCGGACGGGUUCAACUACUGUCAGUCCGAAGAGAUGGACAACCUCUGGAAACAUCUGGACUGAAGCCUCAUAAAACUGAUGUCCGUCUGACUGACUGGCUGGUUUUUCUCUGCAGCAGUCCACUGAUCUGACCACACUUUUCCUGAUUAUCCUCUGUCCUCUAGAUGACCGACACCUGUAUGCUCCUCCUGCAUGUGUCCAGCAAUAAUACACUUUUGUAAACCUA